CAAAGAUGAUGCUGUGUUUGACCUUAUUAUUGAUUUGUUAAGACCCGCAUUCAGUGUGUGGCAAACAAAGUCAGUAUAUGCUGUCACUGCUGCAAAGAUGAUGCCACUGUGCUGGAUCAUAUUAUUGAUUUGUUGUUAUUCUCAUUCAGAGAGCACUAUAAUCAUCAGAGAGCCCGGUGAGAGCAUCACUUUGAAGUGUUCAUCAGAAGGAUGCCCAAAAAAUGAUGUAUAUAUAGCGAUGUAUCUGUAUCAUAACUUUCCUGAACGGAAAGAGGUUUAUUUCUAUAGUAACUAUACCAACAGCAAACUCAUGGAGCGACCACAAUACAAAGGCAGGAUCGAGUCAAACGGAGCUCCCAUGAACCACGACUUCACCAUCAGCAACUUGACCGUGGAUGAUUCUGGUGUCUACACUUGCGUUUACAAAGAAUCAGCUGACAAAGGUGUCAAUUGCAAAGUCUACACAGUUUUCGUAAGAGGAUUUGCACCAUGUCCCAGCAAAGAGCCCCAGAUCACCACCACUGUGGAGGAGAGAUUUCUAGUCAUGCUGUUGAUCAUCUGUAUCUGUGUGAUCAGCACACUGUUAAUCAUUAUCUUCAUUCUGCUGAUCAUGCAGAAGGUGAAACAAAGGAGUAGCUGCAGGCGAUUAUCCAACAGUUCCCCGGAAGAAUCAAAUGAUUGUGUGUAUGAAGUUAUGAUGAAAAAUAACUUCUACUCUGUGGCAGCAUUGGAACAAUGAACUCAAAGCCCCUGUGACUUUGCUUAGCAAUACCAUCCAACCUUUUUGGCUCCCUGAGGUUUUUUUUUCUCCUUAUUCAAAAUUCAAGCAAGCAAUUCAAUACAUUAGUAAAAAUGUCAAACAUUAACAAGUUUAAGGGUAUAGUCAGUAAUUUAUGAAGUUCUUAAAUUGAAAAAAGUAUACUGUACACGUAAAUACAAUGGUCUAGUGUGCCAAAAUACAUAGGACCGGAUUUGAGGUUUGUGGAAGCUGUCACGUUCCCCGCCAUAUUUGAAUAUAGUGGCCGGGAAGGACAUUCCAACUCAUAGCGUUUUAUGUGUUUAACUGGCCUCAUACGUAGUACUUUAAAGAUGGAGGCAAGGAGAAGUCAUCGGCGUUAGUGUGCUAUGAUAUUUAAAUGUGUGCCUGCACCUUUAGGCUCAAGAUAUGAAGCAUGAGAGGGUCCCCGUGAUCCCGUACACGGGUAAAAGGUAAAGGAAAGAGACAAUGCUCUGAGCAUCUAAAUAAAAUGUCAGGACUGUAACAUAUGGAAAUGUGCAUAAACAUGUAUAUUUACUGUCAAUACUGUCACAAUUACUUAUUAUGAGCAGAUCUGACAGAUCCCUCCUGUCUCCAGAGAGCUGACAAGAGCUAGCUAAGCAACAACGGCUGGUUAAAAGUUAACAUUAUGUUAGCUAAUGCUACAUUCCAGUGUCCUAAAAAUCACUUUCCCUGAUAAACAGUUUGAUUACAUUCUGAACUCAAAUGAGAGUUUAUUCAGAGUCAGAGUCCAGCAAUGUUACAUUCACUACAAAGAAAGUUUUAUUGGCUAGCAGUAGCUAACAGGGGCUAAUAGUAGUGCCUCAAUCCUCAAGAACUCAUGUUAAUAUUAAGCUUAAUUUCAGUCAAAAGUGAGCUCCUCUGACUCAUCAACCAGUGUCAGAGUCCUUUCACAAAGUUUUACAGCCUCUUCUAGAGUAAAUACAGGGGGAUGCUUCUCACUUUGCAUUGACAGCUGAGGUAAACAGUGUCCUGACAGGCUGCCACAGACAGGGAAAAAAAGUAGUAGAAACACAUAAGCUUUAGUCUUGGCUGACUACAAUUUGUUUGUAGCAGCCACUGUAGCUAAUAUUAUGCAUUUGAAUUGGGAAGGAUAAGAAAACAAAAUUCACUUGACUUAUAUCGGUAAUCUCUGGACAUGUAGUCGUGGAAAAUGUCACACACUGUACCUUUCAGAACUACAUCACUACUGUAACUGAAAUGACAUACCAUACAUAGAUAUUCCUGGAAAUUACAGAAUAUCCUUGGAGAGGACUCAUUAGGCAUAUGCAAAGUGUAAAUUUUGUAUCCUAAAGUGGUCUAAUUACUUGUAAUAGGAAUGCAUUGCCAGCUCUGCGAGCACAAAUCACCUAAGAACGUAGGGAUGAGAGGGUGCAAAUGGAUUGUUCAUAUGUCCACAGGCAGAUCUCACGCUAUAUUAUUAACGAGCUGACAGAAUUCAUAUAUACAUUUUUAUUUUUAUUACAUUUUUAUAAACUUUUAUUUAGGCAUUUUGGGAAAAAAAAGAUAUUUAGUUAAUAGAAAGGCAAUAAAAUGUUUUUAUCAUUUUGUGAAAUUUUAUUAUUUUUUUAUUUUCUAAGCAAUAAUCUGUAUGAAUAAAUGUACUAUAAUAAAAUGUAUAAACAUGCAAACUAUGGAACAAUCAAACUACUAAGGUCAGAAUGUUCCCAUCUUUAGUUUCUGUCAUAUCUCAUACAUGUUUGAUAUGUAUCUGCUUAUUUUAACAGUUUCUUUUUGUGAGCUCUAGUUGUUAUCAUUUGGUUAUUUCAAUUUUUCUUUUUUAUUUGACUUUUUUUUUCUGUGAAGCUGUAAAAAGUAUGGAAAAAAAUAAAGUAUUUUUGA